ACUGUGGAAUGUUGCAGAGUCAAAAUGGAGGUGGUGUGCUGAGUGCUGUGGAGAGUGUUUUUACCUCAGUCUUUAUCCCGGCUCUCACUAAGCAGACAAAUUGGGGCAAACUGUCAGACAAGCUAGGUGAAUCAGUUCGGGCUGACUUUAUGAGCAAGCUAGAUGCUUUUGUAUCAGUCUUGGCUAAUGCUAGACAAAGCCUUUCUGAUACAAUUAGUCUUUCGCCAUGUCAACAUGUGAAUGUGGCAAGCAUUGGCUCAGUGUCUGGUGGAUUUUUGGCAGCAGCCAGCUCUCAAGAAACUGUUGAAUUGCUAGAAGCUACUUUAACAACAUGGUGUAAGGAAAUUGAGCAGAUGUUGACUACAAGUGGACAAAUGAGGAAGGAAGCUGAUGACAUAGGGCCGAAAGCUGAAUUGGAGUAUUGGAAAAAACGAAUGGCUCAGUUUAAUUCACUUUUGAGCUGCGUCAGACACCAAGAGUUUCGGACUGUUUUAAUGGUUCUCAAUGCAGCAAAGUCAAAAACUUUGAAGGUUUGGAAGAACCUUGAUGUUCAAAUUACGAAUGCUUCUAAUGAAGCCAAGGAUAACGUGAAGUUUCUUUACACUCUAGAAAAAUACUGUGAACCAUUAUACAAAAGUGAUCCAGUGAGUGUAGUUGAAUCUAUUCCUUGUCUGAUGAAUGCUAUUCGAAUGAUUAACAGCUAUUCUCGCUAUUACAACACCCCCGAACGUAUGACAGCACUGUUUGCAAAAGUUACUAAUCAAAUGAUUACAGCAUGUCGAGACUACAUUACCAACAAUGGCUAUUACAGUCUCUGGGAUCAAGAGACAAAAGUUAUUAUUGAAAAGCUACUUGCUUGUAUACAGCUAAACCACUGCUACCAAAGCUACUUUCACGAAACCAAAAUGUUACUUGAAGAGCAGCCUAAUGAGCGGCCAUUUGAGUUUAGUGAGAUGUACAUAUUUGGAAGAUUUAACACGUUCUGUCAACGCCUGAAGAACAUCAUUGAAAUUUUGGAGACAAUUGAGGUAUAUUCCUCUCUCCUGCACUCUCGAAUUGAAGGCAUUGAACAACUAGGUGCAAAGUACACCAUGACAGUAACAGCAAUUAAGAAAAAGCCAUAUGAUUUGUUGGAUCACAGAAGGCUGGAAUUUGACAAUGAUUUUGAAGAGUUUAGGUCAAAUAUUUCAGAUCUCCACAGGCAACUGGAAGCAUUCAUGGAUCAAUGCUUUGAGCAAAUACUUUCAACAGAAAGAGCGAUGAGGCUACUGCAACGUUUUGAAAACCUUGCUCUUCCUGGAUUAGAUAUUCAGUGUAAAUAUCAGCAAAUUCUUGUGCACUACAGUCGUGAUAUUGACCUCAUUCAGCGAUUGUACACAAAGCACAAGCUAAGUCCCCCUAAUGAAUCUGAUGUGUCACCCAUUGCAAACCGAAUCAGUUGGGCUCGUCAACUGUUCCAACGAAUUGAUAAGCCAAUGGCAAGUUUUCGUAGGUUCAAGGAUCUAAUGAAAUUAUCUGAAGCGCAAAAAAUCAUUAAAAAGUACAACAAUAUGGGAAAAGUGCUGGUAGAAUAUGAAGUGCUAUAUCAUGAUGCCUGGUUGAGGCAGAUUGAGAUUGUUCAAGUAGGUCUAAAUGCAUCUGUUCUUGUGAGGCAUCCUAAUGAUCCCAAACAACUGUUUGUUAAUUUUGACCCUGCCGUGCUAACAACGAUAAAAGAAAUCAACUGCCUUGAGCGAAUAGGUCUGAACAUUCCACAUACAGCACAGAGCUUGCGUGGUAGAGAGCAGCAGCUGAAGAAAUAUUUUUCUGAAUUGAAGAUGCUGCUGACGAAAUACAAAGAAGUGAAGCAGAAAGUUCAGCUUCCAAUGGAAGACCUUAUGGUGCCACAUUUUGAGACUGUUGAUAAGGCUCUUAGUCCCGGUUUAACGUUUCUAAGUUGGUCUUCAAUGAACCUUGACAACUUCAUAGCUGCCGUACAAGCGGCACUUAAGAAUGUUGAAGUACUGAUUGAUUGGAUCAAUGAUGUGAUUCAGUUUCAAAUGAGAGCAGUGUUUAAAGAGAUGUUAGAUGUUCCAUUAUGUGCCAUGCCUGAAGGGCAGCCAUGGACUAUUAAAGAAUUUGUUGGUAGAACACAAGAGCUAUGUGCUAACGGUUCUGUGGUUCUGGAAGCUAAGAGUGCAUUAGCUGAAAAGGCUGCUGAGCAAGUUAUCUCUGUUGUGUUGGGAGAUUAUAAAUUUCAACCAGAAGAGCCGGAGGCAUUGCCUCCUCUCACUACUGCAGCAAGUCCAGAACAUAACAGUCCGAUUCCAGCAACAGCUUCUUCUGGCAGAAGGCGACUAGGCUCUCCAGCUAGUCAUGGAGGUCCAAAGUUGUCUCGACCAGGAUCAAGUUAUGGAGAUAUCCCUGCCAAACUUGCUCCUGGUCAACUUACUCUUCACAGACAAAUGGAGCAGCGGAUGAAAUUGAAAGAAGCUGCACAAGAAGUACGAAUGUAUUUCAGUCGUCGCAAUCUUGAAACACUUCUGCAACUGACAAAGUCAACGUUGGAAACCAUCAAACGACGUGUUUCAUCCAGCUCAUUUAAUCUAUAUAGUGAUAGAGAAGACACUCGUCAGAAGGAUAAUCAGGUAGCAUUUCGUGCUGACAUUACUCUUGCUAUUCCUAAUGUGGUGAUGCAGCCCGCUCUUGAUGACAUUCAACAAGCUGUCAACAAAGCAGCUCAGUAUGUCGUAGCGUCAUCUAAGGGAGUUCUACAAUGGGGUAGAAAGAGGGAGACACUGGACAUCUCCCAGAAUUAUCAGAAAGGGUACAGAAGAAAAAAAAGUAGUCAUUUUAGAGAGUUUGCUUCACGUUCUACUGAAUCCCAGGUGUCCAGAUUUGAUGUUCGGCGCAGCCAAGUUAGUAGAGUUGAGCGUCCAGACUUAGUAGCGGCCAAUUUGACAGAUCUAUUAGUGGGUGGCAAAGACCAUUCGAAUAGUUAUUACAAGUAUGUGUCUGAAAAUAAAGAUGUAAUGAAAUUGCUCUCUUUGCUGUCUACUGCUGUCAAUUCUUCAAAACAAACCUAUGCUGAAGCAUUAGAGAAAUUCAAUCGAUAUGGCGAACUGUGGCAAGCAGAUAUCGAAUCAACUGUUGCUGAGUUUCUUAAGUCAGAUCCAAAUCUUCGUGAGUUUCAAGCCAAAAUACUACACUAUGAAGAACUAGAGAAAGUUAUUGCCCGAGAACCAGAAACCAUUGCACUUGGACCAAUUUGCUUGUAUUCUGAAAUGUUAAAAAUAUCACUGAGAGUUGAAACAAAACAGUGGAAGAUUGCGUAUGGUCGUAGUUGUAACACAAAAUAUGCAAACACAAUGUCAGAAGUGUUUGCAAAGCUGGAUGACUUCAAGAAGCGUCUCAGCAGUCCGAUCGAAGAUCUAGAGGACAUUCGCUCCACCAUGGUAGCUAUUCAAGCAAUACGUGAAGAUGAAAUCUUUAUAGACAUGAAAAUCCAACCCAUUGAAGAAUCAUUCUCUUUGCUGAAUCACCACGAGGUGGCUAUACCUCGAGAUCAAUCAGACAAAGUACACGCUUUAAGAUACACGUGGGAAGAGCUGUUGACUAUGACAACUAACAUGCAAAGUCAUCUUAUUGAUAUCCAACCAGACUUUAAAGGAACUCUUGUCAGCAAUGUUGCUGUAUUUGUCAAUGAUGUGGAUCGAUUUAGUUCAAUGUAUGAUAGUGACGGGCCAAUGGUGCCAAACAUUAAUCCUCGAGAAGCUAGUGACCGCCUGCAAAUGUUUCAGGGUAAUUUUGACUCUCUUUGGCGGCAUUAUAUAACAUACAGUGGUGGAGAGGAGCUAUUUGGUCUGCCUGUUACAGAUUAUCCAUCACUCCAUCGAAUAAAGAAAGAGCUCAAUCUUUUACAGAAACUGUAUGGGUUGUAUAAUGCUGUGAUGGAUAGCAUUGAUGGCUACUAUGAUUUAUUGUGGUCUGAAGUAGACAUUGGAAAGAUCAACAAUGAGCUACUUGACUUUCAAAACCGCUGCCGGAAGUUGCCGCGUGCAAUGAAAGAUUGGCAGGCAUUCAAGGAUCUCAGUAAAAAGAUUAAUGACUUUAAUGAGACUUGUCCACUUCUUGAGCAAAUGGCCAACAAGGCAAUGAAGCAACGACACUGGGAUCGCUUGGAAGUCGUCACCGGCCACAAAUUUGAUGUAGAUUCGCCUAAUCUCCAACUGCGUAAUAUCAUGUCAGCGCCGCUUUUGAAAAAUGCUGAAGAAAUAGAGGAUGUGUGCGUUGCAGCUGUCAAAGAGUUGGACAUAGAAGCGAAGCUGAAGGGCGUUGUAAAUGAAUGGAGCACACAGGAAUUGCAGUUCUCGAUGUUCAAAAAACGUGGAGAGCUAAUGCUGAAAGGAGAUGCAUCGGCAGAUAUUGUAUCUUUGAUGGAAGACAGCUUGAUGAUAUUAGGGUCUCUGAUGAGUAAUCGUUAUAACGUUCCUUUCAAGAAGGAAAUCCAGGAAUGGGUUCAGAAUCUGACUCAGACAACAGAGAUUCUCGAGAAAUGGAUGGUAGUUCAAAAUCUGUGGGUUUACCUGGAAGCGGUGUUUGUAGGAGGAGAUAUUGCAACACAACUGCCAAAGGAGGCCAAACGAUUUCAAAAUAUUGACAAAUCAUGGCUCAAGAUCAUGACUAGAGCUCACGAAGUUCCAAACGUUGUUCAAUGCUGCGUUGGUGAUGAGAUGCUCGGGCAGCUGUUACCACACCUCUUAGAGCAACUAGAAUUGUGUCAGAAAUCAUUGACUGGUUAUCUUGAGAAGAAACGUCUUGUGUUUCCACGAUUCUUUUUUGUCUCUGACCCAGCGCUUCUGGAGAUUUUAGGACAGGCUAGUGACUCACACACCAUUCAGGCCCAUCUUCUUGGCGUGUUUGAUAAUGUGAAAUCUAUUACAUUUCACGAGAAGGACUAUGAUCGAAUAUUGUCUUUUUCUUCACGUGAAGGAGAAACAGUUGAGCUGGAACAGCCGGUUAUGGCCCAAGGCAACGUUGAGUUGUGGCUGGGCAACCUACUGAAUGGAGUAAUGACUACUAUUCAUUCAAUAAUACGGACGUCAUACAGAGCAAUGCAAGAUCCCAAUUUCCAGUUGCUUGAAUUUCUUCACAAUUCUGCUGCUCAGAUUGGUCUCCUUGGACUGCAAAUGCUUUGGACACGUGAUUCUCAGCUUGCCAUAUCGAAGGCUCGUGCAGAUAAAAAGAUUAUGCAGGCAACAAACCAAUACUUUCUUGAAAUUUUGAACAAUCUGAUUGGACUCACAUUGCAGGAACUCUCGAAGAUGGACCGAACGAAAUAUGAGACGCUCAUCACUAUUCACGUUCAUCAACGUGAUAUAUUUGACGGUUUGGUUCGAAUGCAUAUUCGUAAUCCGUAUGACUUUGAAUGGCUCAAGCAGUCAAGGUUCUAUUUCGAUGAUGACUCUGACAAAUGCUUGGUCAAAAUUACUGAUGUGACGUUCAUUUAUCAGAAUGAGUUUCUUGGCUGUACUGAUCGACUUGUGAUAACUCCUCUUACUGAUCGUUGUUAUAUAAGUCUUUCUCAGGCUCUUGGUAUGGCGCUCGGAGGAGCUCCUGCAGGUCCCGCAGGAACAGGUAAGACAGAGACCACCAAAGAUAUGGGAAAGGCAUUGGGCAAGUUUGUGGUCGUCUUCAACUGUUCUGAUCAAAUGGACUACCGAGGUCUUGGUCGUAUCUACAAGGGCCUUGCUCAGUCAGGGAGUUGGGGUUGUUUUGAUGAGUUUAACCGCAUUGAACUGCCGGUUCUCUCAGUUGCUGCUCAGCAGAUUGCUACAGUAUUGACUUGCAAGAAAGAGAGAAAACCCCAGUUCACCUUUUCUGAUGGUGACGUUGUCUCUAUGAAUCCAGAGUUUGGUCUCUUCCUUACAAUGAAUCCGGGAUACGCUGGUCGGCAAGAGCUGCCAGAAAAUUUGAAAAUAAAUUUCCGACCUGUAGCUAUGAUGGUUCCCGACAGACAGAUCAUUAUCCGAGUGAAGCUCGCUAGUGCUGGUUUCUUGGAGAAUGUGUUGCUAGCAUGCAAAUUCUAUACACUCUACAAGCUUUGUGAAGAACAGCUGACAAAGCAAGUUCAUUAUGACUUUGGCCUGCGAAACAUUUUAUCUGUCCUUCGAACCCUUGGCGCAGUAAAACGUCAGAAUCGUGAAGAUAGUGAAACUAAGACUGUGAUGCGUGUUCUACGUGAUAUGAACCUAUCAAAGCUGAUUGAUGAAGAUGAGCCAUUAUUUUUGUCUCUCAUAAACGACCUUUUUCCUGGUGUGAUGCUUGAUAAAUCCGGCUAUCCAGAGCUGGACGCUGCCAUUGCUGCUCAAGUGGAGGAAGCUGGCUUGGUUAAUCAUCCCUCAUGGAAGUUGAAGCUUAUUCAGCUCUUUGAAACUCAGAGAGUUCGUCAUGGCAUGAUGACCCUCGGACCCACUGGUACCGGUAAGACUUCUUGCAUUCAUGUUCUGAUGAAGGCGAUGACUGCUUGUGGAGAACCACACCGGGAAAUGAGAAUGAAUCCCAAAUCAAUAACAGCUCCGCAAAUGUUUGGUCGUUUGGAUGUCGCUACCAAUGAUUGGACUGACGGCAUAUUUUCCACGCUUUGGCGUAAAACACUGAAGUCCAAGAAAACGGACCACAUUUGGAUAGUUCUUGACGGUCCUGUUGAUGCCUUGUGGAUUGAAAAUCUCAACUCCGUGCUUGAUGAUAACAAGACGCUAACCCUUGCAAACGGAGAUCGAAUUCCCAUGGCACCAAAUUGUAAGAUCGUAUUUGAGCCACACAAUAUUGACAACGCGUCGCCUGCGACUGUUUCGCGGAAUGGUAUGGUAUACAUGAGUUCGUCUGCUCUAGACUGGAGACCAAUACUUCAAGGUUGGCUAAAGAAGCAAUCAGGAUCUGAGACGGAGACGUUAAUGCCUCUAUUUGAGUCAUGUUUCACUGACUUGUGCAUUUAUUGCACCACUAAUCUGAACCCCAAAAUGGAAUUACUCGAAUGCAACUAUAUUGCCCAGAGUAUUUCUCUGCUUCAAGGUCUUAUUCUAAGUCAAGAUGAAAUGCAAGUCAGUCCAGCUCACCUUGGAAGACUAUUUCUUUUUUGCCUGAUGUGGUCAGUUGGAAGUAUUCUUGAAUUGGAUGAUCGAGAAAAGAUGGAAAUGUUUCUUCGAGAGAAAGCCAGUCAUCUAGAUUUCCCACCUGUGGAUCCAAGUUCAGGUGACACUAUGUUUGAAUACGUUGUCGGUGAGAAUGGUGAAUGGCAACACUGGCAGGAACGUGUCCCAGAAUACAAAUACCCCUCCGAUAGCACCCCUGAAUAUGCUUCCAUUCUUGUUCCUAAUGUCGACAAUGUUCGCACUGAUUUUCUGAUCGACACAGUUGCCAAGCAACAGAAGUCUGUUUUGUUAAUUGGUGAACAAGGAACAGCAAAAACGGUGAUGGUCAAGGGCUACUGUGCAAGAUAUGAUCCUGAGCGGCACCUUUUGAAGAGCCUAAACUUCUCUUCUGCUACGACACCACUUAUAUUUCAAAGAACAAUUGAAAGUUAUGUUGAUAAGAGAAUGGGAACGACGUACGGUCCACCUGCUGGGAAGAAAAUGACUGUGUUUAUAGACGAUAUCAACAUGCCCAUCAUCAAUGAGUGGGGAGAUCAAGUUACUAAUGAAAUUGUACGUCAAACAAUGGAGAUGAAUGGAUUUUACAACCUUGAAAAACCUGGAGAAUUUACUAACAUAGUUGAUGUGCAGUUUAUUGGAGCUACAAUUCACCCAGGUGGUGGAAGGAAUGACAUUCCGCAGCGUCUCAAACGCCAGUUUGCUGUUUUCAAUUGUACAUUACCUUCUAAUGCUUCCAUUGACAAGAUUUUCAGCUCUCUUGGCUGUGGCCAUUUCUGUUCCGAACGAGAGUUUAGAUCCGAGGUUAUUGAUUUGGCUCAAAAACUUAUCAGCUGCACUAGGAAAUUGUGGCAAACUACUAAGGCCAAAAUGCUUCCAACGCCAGCCAAGUUUCAUUAUGUCUUUAAUCUGCGUGACCUUUCCCGAGUGUGGGAAGGUAUGUUGAAUGUGACUAGUGAAGUAUGCAAUUCCGCGGACAUUCUGCUUGCCUUGUGGAAGCACGAAUGCACGCGUGUAAUAGCAGACCGAUUUACAACCAUAGAGGAUACAGCAUGGUUUAUCAAAGCUCUAGAGAGAAUAUCUAGCGAAGAAUUGUCACCGGAAUUAGCUUCUCGGUUGCCAGACGAACCCUAUUUUGUCGACUUUCUUCGAGAAGCACCCGAGGCAACUGGAGAUGAGCCAGAUGACGCAGAUCUAGAAGCUCCCAAGAUUUAUGAGCCUAUUCCUUCAGAUGAUGAGCUGGAGAAGAAAUUGCAUAUGUACAUGAUACAGUACAACGAGGCGAUUCGUGGUUCUGGUCUUGAUCUAGUCUUCUUUAGAGACGCCAUGAUUCAUCUCGUCAGGAUUUCUCGCAUCAUCCGCACUGCAAGAGGUAAUGCUUUGCUGGUCGGUGUUGGAGGCUCUGGGAAACAAAGCCUUACUCGUAUGGCAUCAUUUAUAGCUGGUUACAGCUGUUUUCAGAUCACAUUGACAAGGUCUUACAAUGCAAACAACUUAAUGGAUGAUCUUAAGGAUCUGUACCGGACAACAGGCGGACAAGGAAAGGGAGUGACAUUUAUCUUCACUGAUAAUGAGAUAAAAGACGAAAAUUUUCUUGAAUACAUGAACAACGUGUUGUCUUCUGGUGAAGUAUCUAAUCUGUUUGCUCGAGAUGAAUUGGACGAGAUUAUGAAUGAUCUGAUACCAGUCAUGAAAAAACAGUUUGGCAAUAAACAACCUCCAACACAAGAAAAUCUGUACGAUUAUUUCCUUUCCCGAGUUCGUAGAAACCUUCACGUUGUGCUCUGCUUCUCGCCAGUAGGAGAGAAAUUUCGUAACCGUUCGCUCAAGUUUCCCGGUCUCAUAUCUGGAUGUACAAUGGAUUGGUUCAAUCGAUGGCCAAGGGAUGCAUUGGUGGCUGUCGCAAGACACUUUCUAUCAAAUUAUGACAUAAAAUGCCAGAACGCGGUCAAGGAGCAGCUGAUUGAAACAAUGGGAACAAUACAAGACGGAGUGUCUGAAAAAUGUUCCGAUUAUUUUAAUCGAUACCGUCGCUCAACUCACGUCACUCCCAUGAGCUAUUUGUCUUUUCUGAAUGGCUACAAAACAAUCUACUCGAGCAAAGUGGCAGAACUAGGAGAGUUGGCUGAUCGUAUGAACACAGGCCUCAAUAAACUUGUGGAAGCUAGUGAAUCCGUUGCCCAACUUUCCAAAGAACUGGCAGUGAAAGAAAAGGAAUUAGCUGUUGCCUCUGCUGAAACAGAGAAAGUACUUGCAGAAGUGACGGAGAGUGCUCAAGCAGCCGAGAAAGUGAAGGCCCAAGUUCAGAAAGUGAAGGAUAAAGCUGAAGCUAUUGUCGUUGCCAUCACCAAAGAUAAAGGCGCUGCCGAGGAGAAACUGGAAGCAGCAAAACCUGCUCUAGAUGAAGCCGAAGCUGCCCUACAAACUAUUAAAGCUGCUGAUAUUGCAACAGUGCGCAAAUUAGCAAAACCUCCUCAUCUCAUCAUGCGCAUUAUGGAUUCGGUUUUGCUGCUGUUUAAUCGUCGUGUCGACCCCGUGACCCCGGAUCCGGACCGUCCGUGCGCCAAGCCAUCGUGGUCAGAAUCCCUCAAACUUAUGAGCGGUGGUGGUUUUUUGAACAACCUCGUUACUUUCUCGAAGGACUUAAUAAAUGAAGAGACAGUUGAACUGCUAGCACCGUACAUGGAAAUGCCCGACUACACGUUUGAAAAUGCAAAGAAGGUUUGUGGUAAUGUAGCUGGACUGUGUUCUUGGACAAAGGCAAUGGCUUUCUUUUAUGCAAUCAACAAAGAAGUUCUACCGCUCAAAGCUAAUUUGGCUGUCCAAGAGUCCCGUCUCAGUGCCGCAAAUGCUGAUCUGGAAAAAGCUCAGUCGCAAUUGGACGAAAAGCAAAGAGAACUGAACGAAGUUCAGGCCAUGUACGAUGAAGCUAUGAGGAAGAAGGAGUCGCUGUUGGAAGACGCCGAGACUUGUCGGCGCAAAAUGGAUGCCGCAUCGGCUCUCAUUAAUGGAUUGGGUGGUGAAAGAACACGAUGGACGGCUGAGAGUAAGGAAUUCGAAGCACAGAUUGGCAGACUGGUCGGUGAUGCUGUCCUGUGUACUGGAUUCCUUUCCUAUUCGGGGCCUUUUAAUCAGGAAUUUCGUCUGCUCUUGAUCGAUCAAUGGAAGUCUGAAUUGAAGCGUCGUCAAAUACCUUUUUCGAGUGACAUAAAUUUGGUCACAAUGCUAACGAAUUCCACUACUGUGAGUGAAUGGAACAUUCAAGGUUUGCCCAAUGACGAGCUUUCUAUUCAGAACGGCAUUAUUGUGACUAAAGCUACCAGGUAUCCUCUACUGAUUGACCCACAGACUCAAGGGAAGGAUUGGGUGAAGAAUAAGGAGCCCAAUAUAACAUCGACAAAUCUGAACCACAAAUACUUUCGUACCAUGUUGGAAGAUUGUCUUUCGCAAGGGAGAGCACUCUUGAUUGAAGAUGUAGGCGAAGAACUUGACCCAGUCCUUGACAAUAUCCUUGAGAAGAACUUCAUCAAGUCCGGCUCUACCUACAAGGUGAAAGUUGGAGAUAAAGAAAUUGACGUUAUGAAUGGAUUUACUCUCUACAUAACGACAAAACUUGCCAAUCCUGCCUAUACGCCUGAAGUGUUUGCUCGCACUUCGAUUAUUGACUUUACUGUAACCAUGAAAGGUCUCGGCGAUCAGCUGCUGGGAAGAGUCAUACGCAAAGAAAAGAGUGAGUUGGAAUCUGAACGCGAAGCACUGAUGCAGGAUGUAACAACCAACAAAAAGCAAAUGAAGGAGCUUGGGGACAACCUAUUAUUUCGAUUGACGAGUACAAAGGGAUCUCUUGUUGACGACGAAUCUCUUAUUGAUGUGCUGCGCAUUACGAAGACGACAUCUAAAGAAGUGAGUCAAAAACUACACAUUGCGGCCGAAACCGAGGUGAAGAUUACUACUGCGAGAGAAGAGUUUCGACCUGUUGCAACUCGAGGGAGUAUUCUCUACUUUCUUCUUGUUGAGAUGUCGAUGGUAAACUGCAUGUAUCAGACGUCGUUGUCUCAAUUUUUGCGACUGUUUGACAUGUCUAUUGAUCGGUCACCGAAAGCUCAAUUUACCAACCAGAGAAUCGAAGGCAUUUUGGACUACUUGACGUACGAGGUAUUCAAGUAUACGUGCCGAGGAUUGUACGAGACUCACAAAUUCCUUUUCACGCUACUGCUGGCGCUCAAGAUAGAUCUGGAAAGCGGUAGAGUCAAACACAACGAGUUUCAGACAUUGAUCAAAGGAGGCGCGGCUCUAGAUCUCAAAGCAGUACAAGUCAAACCGUUUAAGUGGAUCAAUGACAUGACUUGGCUUAAUCUUGUCGAACUGAGUAGGUUACCGCAGUUCACCGAAAUAUUGAAUCAGAUUUCUCGCAACGAGAAAGCAUGGAAAACUUGGUAUGAGUCUGACGCCCCAGAAGAGGCAGCUAUUCCGGACGGAUACAGCAGUUCACUCGAUACGACGAGAAGGCUCUUGCUGAUUAGGUGCUGGUGCUCUGAUAGAGUUCUGCCUCAAGCGCGCAAAUAUGUAGCGGAGUCACUUGGAGAGCGCUAUGCGGAAGGAGUUAUACUUGACCUUAAAGUGUUGUGGGAAGAAAGUGAUCCGGAAACCCCUAUGAUUUGUCUGCUGUCAAUGGGCUCUGAUCCUACGAGUCUUAUUGAGUCGCUAGCGAAGAAAAUGAAUAUUGACUGUCGCUUUGUGUCAAUGGGUCAAGGUCAAGAAGUACCUGCUGGUCGAUUACUGCAGCUCUUCAUGAGUCAAGGAGGUUGGACUCUUUUGCAAAACUGUCACCUUGGUCUCAACUUCCUGGAUGAAUUGCUAUCGACCAUCAAAGAAACAAAACCUGUCCACAAUGCCUUCAGGGUGUGGAUAACGACCGAGGUACAUCCUCACUUUCCAAUUAGCUUGCUGCAGAUGUCUAUCAAGUUUACAAAUGAACCUCCUCAAGGAAUCAAGGCAGGGAUCAAACGGUCUUAUACAGGCAGCAUUACACAGGACACUCUUGACUUCAACAAUAUACCAGAGUGGAAACCGAUGCUUUAUGCCAUUGCCUUCCUCCACACCACUGUACAGGAGAGACGAAAGUUUGGCCCCCUUGGAUGGAAUAUUCCAUAUGAAUUUAAUCAAGGUGAUCUGACUUCAACGAUAGAAUUUGUCCGAAAUCAUCUUGAUGACCUAGACCCAAAGAAGGGAAUAUCUUGGAGUACUGUGCACUAUAUGGUUGGAGAAGUGCAGUAUGGUGGACGAGUAACAGAUGAUUUUGAUAAGCGCCUUCUCAACACAUUUGCAAAGGUUUGGUUUGGCGAGCACAUGUUCUCGCCUUCGUUUCGCUUCUAUGAAGGCUAUGUUAUUCCCAAGUGUGCGAAUCACACUCAGUUUAUGGACAGCAUUGAGGAACUUCCACUUGUUGAUACACCGGAAGCGUUCGGUCUUCAUCCCAAUGCCGACAUCACCUAUCAAGACAACACAGCUCGUACGUUACUCGAUACAAUACUGAGUAUCCAGCCUAAGGACAGCUCGUCUGGUGGAGGUGAAACGCGUGAGAGCGUCGUGCAGCGACUGGCUAAUGAUAUGUUAGAAAAAUUGCCCGCAUUUUACGUUCAACAUCAAGUAAAGUCUCGACUGCAGAAGAUGGGACCUAUCAAGCCUAUGAAUAUUUUCUUACGUCAAGAGAUAGACCGAAUGCAGAGAGUCAUCUCUACUGUAGAAGCUACUCUUACUGAUCUCAAUUUGGCUAUAGAUGGGACUAUCAUUAUGAGUGAGAACUUGAGAGACGCUCUGGAUAAGAUGUUUGAUGCUAAGGUACCGACAGUUUGGGAGAAGAUAUCUUGGCAGUCAUCUACCAUUGGUUUCUGGUUUACCGAUUUGUUGGAACGAGACGCGCAGUUUCGUUCCUGGAUUUUCAAAGACCGACCUCUCGUUUUCUUCAUGACAGGAUUCUUUAAUCCGCAAGGCUUCCUCACCGCAAUGCGUCAAGAAGUGACUCGAGCGCACAAAGGUUGGGCUCUCGACAACGUCGUGUUGCAUAACGAGGUGCUGCGUAAUUUCAAAGACGACAUUACAGCGGCCCCUGCAGAAGGAGUUUACGUGCACGGUUUGUACCUGGACGGUGCAGGAUGGGAUAGGCGCAAUGUCAAACUUGCCGAAUCCGCCAAUAAGGCGCUGUUCACUCAGAUGCCCGUUGUGUGGAUCUUCGCUAUUCAGUCAAGCCAAGGGAAAGAUGGGAGAAUGUAUGAAUGUCCCGUGUACAAAAAACCAAACCGAACCGACUUGACGUACAUCACUUCGCUUCUGCUAAAGACGACGCAGAGUCCUGAACAUUGGAUACUUCGGGGAGUAGCUUUGCUCUGCGACAUCAAAUAAUCCUUUCACUGGUUUGAAUUUGUCUGUGGUGUUGUGAUGCGAUGACCUUCUUCGACAAACAGCAUGAGUAUUAAGUCAAUUUUUAAAUUAAUGUUCCGCAUGGUCUGCAUUAUAUGCUUCGCAUAUAGCUGCACAAGUUCGUAUUGUAUUGGACUGCACGUGUAUUUCUUAGAGGCAUAGUACUACUGCA